UAAUUAUGUAAAAUGUCGUCUGACUUUUUCUUUUUUCCUUCAAUUUAUUUGAAAGUCAGCAUUUAGCUUCCCUAAACCCCAAACACCAGCCCCAACUCGCCGGCCUCGCCGUAAUUCUCCGCCGGCGCCGGUAAACCAUUUUUGUCCUCUGAGUAUCAAUGGAAAAACCGGAUGACGAUAAGAGCAAAGCUGUACAGGAAGAAGAACAAGUAGUGAACCCAUGGGAAGUAUCAGCAAAAGACGGCGGCAAAAUUGACUACGACAAAUUGAUCGACAAAUUCGGUUGCCAGAGACUAGACAAGUCGUUAAUCGAUAGAGUUGAACGACUUACGACUAAGGAACCUCAUGUAUUCCUUCGUCGUGGAGUUUUCUUUGCUCAUCGUGAUCUCAAUGACAUAUUGGAUGCGUAUGAAAGAGGGGAGAAAUUCUAUUUGUAUACUGGAAGAGGACCUUCUUCUGAAGCUUUGCAUUUGGGUCAUCUUAUCCCUUUCAUGUUUACAAAGUACUUGCAGGAUGCGUUUAAGGUGCCACUUGUAAUACAGUUGACUGAUGAUGAGAAAUGUAUGUGGAAGAAUUUGUCAGUGGAAGAAAGCCAAAGACUUGCUCGUGAAAAUGCUAAAGACAUUAUCGCUUGCGGAUUUGAUAUUUCGAAGACUUUUAUUUUCUCUGAUUUUGAUUAUGUUGGUGGCGCCUUUUACAAGAACAUGGUGAAGGUUGCAAAAUCCGUCACAUACAAUAAGGUUGUUGGCAUUUUUGGUUUCACAGGGGAAGAUCACAUUGGGAAAGUUAGUUUUCCGCCAGUUCAGGCUGUGCCAUCUUUCCCCAGUUCAUUUCCUCAUCUAUUUGGCAAUGAUAACAUCCGCUGUUUGAUUCCGUGUGCCAUUGACCAGGAUCCAUAUUUCCGAAUGACUCGAGAUGUUGCUCCUCGGAUAGGCUAUCACAAGCCUGCUUUGAUUGAAUCAUCAUUCUUUCCUGCCCUUCAGGGGGAGAAUGGAAAAAUGUCUGCUAGUGAUCCAAAUUCUGCCAUUUAUGUGACCGAUUCAGCAAAAGAGAUAAAAAAUAAGAUAAACCGAUAUGCAUUCUCUGGGGGACAAGACUCAAUUGAGUUGCACAGGAAGAAGGGAGCAAACCUGGAGGUUGAUAUACCAUUUAAAUAUCUUGGCUUUUUCUUAGACGAUGAUAAAGAGCUGAAACGCAUUGGAGAGGAAUAUGGUUCUGGUCAUAUGCUGACAGGUGAAAUUAAAAAGAUUCUUAUUGAAGUAUUAACAGAUCUAGUCGAAAGACAUCGACGGGCUAGGGCAGCAGUGACUGAUGAGAUGGUAGAUGCUUUCAUGGCUGUCAGACCACUUCCUAAUAUGUUCAAUUGAAUGGGCAAAGUAUAAUUAAUUCUUGAUGCUCAUCUUUGUUUUCCAUUUUACUGCGAGUUUUUUCUUCUUCAAUUGUACCAUUUUUCCCUUCCCUGUAAUUUGUUACUUGUUAACUCAAGUUAUGUUUGCAAGAACAACGUAAAGAUGGUGGUUUUGCAGUAGAUUUAACAUGAUUUAUUUUCUAACUUGUA